AUGGAAGCUACAGAAGAAUUUGAUAUCAGAUAUUGCACUAGGACUGGAGGUUAUGGGAGAGUUUACAUCGCAAUGCUACUUACAGGAAAAGUAGUAGUUGUGAAAAAGCUUCAUCGCCUAGAAGCUGAAGAGAGAGCCUAUGAGAACAGCUUCAACAAUGAGAUCACGUGUAAUUUUUCAGUUUACGAAUACAUAGAAAGAGGAAGCUUAGCUUAUUAUGUUCUUGGAAACAAAGAAGAAGCUGUGGAAUUGGAUUGGAGGAAACAUAUAAAAGUCAUCAAAGGGGUCGCUCAUGCUUUACCUUACUUGCAUCAUGAUUGCUCACCACCAUUAAUUCAUCUGGACAUAUUGAGCAACAAUGUCUUGUUGGAUGCAAAUCUUGAACCUCAUGUAGCCGACUUUGGAACUUCAAGAUUUCUAAAUCCUGGUUCAUCCAACCGCACUAUACUUGCAGGCACAUAUGGGUAUAUUGCUCCAGUUAUUGCUUGUAGGGAUAGGCUUUCCUCCAUUCAGAUUCUGCUUCAGACUGACCAUCUCAAUCCCUCUCUAGCUGAGGAAGAAAAGAUUGAAGCGGAUACCCUUUCUUCUUUGCUGGCCCAAGAAGAAGAGAGUUUUUUUAGGCAGAAAUCCAAAAUCAAUUGGUUGGAGCUUGGUGAUUCCAAUACAGCUUACUUCCAUAGAUCUGUCAAAGCUAGAAGCAACCUCAACUCCAUCACCAAGUUGAUUUCUAAUGAGGGAAACCUGGUCCACAGAGUGGAUGAGAUUAAGAAGGUGGCAGUGGAUCAUUUCGAGAACUUAUUCAGACCCUCCAUUAGUCACGGCCCUCCCAUUCCGAAUGGUCUCUUGAACAAGUCCAUCCCUGCCUCCAUGGCUUCUGUGUUGAUGGCCAUCCCUUCAGAUGAGGAGAUUAGUGCAACUAUUCACUCUCAUAAGGCUAGUAAAGCCCCAGGCCCUGAUGGGUUUAGUAUCGGAUUUUUCUCCUCCUCAUGGGGGAUCUCAUUAAAGAUGAUUUGA